AUGACCAGAUCAUCUACCAGUGAACUACUAGAUUUUGAUUCAGAAAUUGAUAGGACAUUUCAUAUUUUGUUGAGAAAUCAGAAGAGAGCAAAAACAACUUCAACAAGUAGCUUCCCAGUGACUGAAUUUAACAUGGAGAACAAACAAACACUUAGGGAGUUGGCUGCACCAGAUGUCUCUUAUAACUCAUUGUGCAUUCAAUAUCCAGAGUUGGAGGUGGAUUUUGAACUACGUUCAGGGCUCAUUCAUCUCCUUCCUAAAUUUAAUGGAUUAUCUAGUGAAGACCCUUCUAGGCACCUUCAGGAAUUUCAUGCAGUCUGCUCUACCAUGAAACCCCACGGUAUUGGGGAGGAAGAUAUUUAUCUGAGAGCUUUUCCAUUUUCGUUAGCAGGAGCAGUGAAGGAUUGGUUGUACUCUAGAACUCCCGGUACGAUUACAUGUUGGGUGGAUAUGAAAAGAUCAUUUUUGGAAAAAUUCUUUCCUGCUUCACGAGCAGGAGCUAUUAGGCGAGCAAUUUGUAGUGUCCAGCAACUUUCUGGGGAGACAUUGUAUGAGUAUUGGGAACGUUUUGAAAAGUUAUGUUCUAGCUGUCUCCAUCAUCAAAUCAGUGAUCAUUUGCUCAUACAGUAUUUCUAUGAGGGACUCCUGCCCAUGGAUAGAUGUAUGAUCGAUGCAGCAAGUGGAGGAGCGUUGGUGAAUAAAACACCUGCAGAGGCAAGAGAGAUCAUUUCUACUAUGGCAGCCAAUGCCCAACAGUUUGGGAAUCGACAAGCAUCUACUAAGGGAGUAAAUGGAGCCCAGUUAACUAAGUUAGAUGCUCAAGAUAUUAAGAAUAGCUUGUUACAGGAGAUGACUUCAGCAUUCAGGCAGUUGGCACUUAGCCAUUCACAGCAGCCCACAACCCAGGCAGUGCCAACAGCAAUGAUUUGUGGACUUUGUUUUUGUUCAUCUCACACUACUGACAUUUGCCCUUUGUUGCAGCAAGAGGGAAUUUCUUUUGUUUCCGACCACGUGGCAGCAGCAAAUAACUUUCAGCCCCGAUCUCAAUUUUACCAACAGCCAUCUGGGAAUAAACAGCCAUACGAUCCUUUUUCUACUACAUAUAAUCCCGGAUGGAGAGAUCACCCUAAUUUGAAAUAUGGGAAUCCAUAUCAGCAGCAACCAUAUUAUCAGCAGCCAUAUCAGUAG